AUGCAGCAGCCAGAGGAGGGCGCCGUCACGCUGGAAAAACUCCCCGAUGAGGUGAAGGCGGGCGAGGAUGUGAUCGCGCCACAGGAAAAAAUCGCCGAGAAGAGCACCGAUUCUGGCUCGACACUGACCGAGAAAGCAAACGAUCAGAAGGGAAGCAAGACGGCGUUGUCCCUCGACGACGAUGCCAUCUUUGCGCAUUUGCCAGAAGACGAGAAGGAAAUCUUGAAGAAGCAGCUGAAUGCUCCGGCGGCCAAAGUUUCCUUCUUUACUCUCUACCGCUAUGCCUCGGCAAUGGACAUUGUGAUCUUGGUCGUUUGCGCCAUUUGUUCCAUUGCUGCCGGUGCGGCACUACCUCUUUUCACGAUCCUCUUCGGUUCCUUGACGACUGCCUUCCAGGGCAUUCAGUUGAAGACAAUUAGCUAUAACGACUUCGAACAUCAGCUGACCAAGAACGUCCUCUACUUUGUGUACCUGGGUAUUGCCGAAUUUGUGACCGUGUACAUCAGCACCGUUGGUUUCAUUUACACCGGUGAACAUGUUACGCAAAAGAUUCGCGAGCGCUACCUUGAAGCCAUCUUGCGUCAAAACAUCGCCUAUUUCGACAAGCUUGGCGCCGGUGAGGUCACAACCCGCAUCACGGCCGAUACCAACCUGAUUCAAGAUGGAGUCUCGGAGAAGGUCGGUCUCACCCUGACAGCACUCGCUACCUUCGUCACGGCUUUCAUUGUUGCGUACGUCAAGUAUGCGCCACUGGCGGGUAUCUGCACGUCAACCAUCGUUGCGCUGCUCCUCGUGAUGGGCGGUGGAUCUACUUUCAUUGUCAAGUACAGCAAGCUCUCGCUGAUAAGCUACGGUGCGGGCGGUACUGUGGCGGAAGAAGUAAUCAGCUCCAUUCGCAACACCACGGCCUUCGGUACCCAGGACAAGCUCGCCAAGCAGUACGAGGUCCACUUGCGCACCGCCGAGCGAUGGGGUGUGCGUCUGCAGAUGGCUCUGGGUGUGAUGGUCGGAGGCAUGUUUGGAAUCAUGUUCCUGAAUUACGGCCUCGGUUUCUGGAUGGGGUCCCGAUUUUUGGUCCAAGAGAAGGUCAAUGUUGGACAGGUUCUGACCAUCCUUAUGUCCAUUCUGAUCGGUUCGUUCAGUUUGGGAAAUGUCGCUCCCAAUACUCAAGCCUUCACCAGCGCCGUCGCUGCGGCUGCCAAGAUCUUCAGCACCAUCGACCGUGUCUCCCCCAUUGAUCCUACUUCCGAUGAAGGCAUCAUUCCCGAACAUGCUGCAGGCGAGAUUGAGUUCCGCAACGUCAAGCACAUCUAUCCUUCGCGCCCCGAGGUCACUGUCAUGCAAGACGUCAGCCUCCACAUCCCCGCCGGCAAGACCACUGCACUGGUCGGUCCCUCGGGCUCGGGUAAAUCUACGGUCGUGGGUCUUGUUGAGCGAUUCUACAUGCCUGUAGGUGGUACUGUCUUCCUUGAUGGCCACGAUAUCCAGACUUUGAAUCUGCGUUGGUUGCGUCAGCAGAUCUCGCUUGUCCAGCAGGAGCCUGUGCUAUUCGGCACGACCAUCUACAAGAACAUUCGCUACGGUUUGAUUGGCACUCGCUAUGAGCACGAACCCGAGGAACGGGUUCGCGAACUGAUUGAGAAUGCUGCUAAGAUGGCCAAUGCUCACGAAUUUAUCAUGGGUCUUCCGGAGAAAUACGAAACCAAUGUCGGUCAGCGUGGCUUCCUGCUAUCUGGUGGUCAGAAGCAACGUAUCGCCAUUGCUCGUGCUGUCGUCUCCGACCCUAAGAUUCUGUUGCUUGACGAGGCAACAUCUGCCUUGGAUACUAAGUCUGAGGGAGUGGUUCAGGCUGCUUUGGAUCGUGCCGCUGAAGGUCGCACAACCAUUGUCAUUGCCCACCGCUUGUCCACCAUCAAAACUGCGCACAACAUUGUUGUCUUUGUCAACGGUACCAUCGUCGAACAGGGCACCCAUGAUGAUCUGAUCGAGACAGCUGGACCGUACUCCAAGCUUGUUGAGGCUCAGCGCAUCAACGAGGAGAAGGAGGCCGACGCUUUGAACGAAGACAUCCUGGACGAUGACUCUGAUGAUUCUUCGCUGAACAAGCAACAUCUUGCUCGCGUCAAGUCUGUGGCAAGCGGCUCAACACCCGUUAGGGAUGAAGAGGCCGAGGCCAUGUUCCCUGAGGAUAUCCACCGUGAAAAUACCCGCAAGUCCGUCUCCAGCAUGGUGCUUGCCAAGUCGGGCCCUGAAGCCAAACCCAAGUACUCCCUAUGGACUUUGAUUAAAUUCAUCGCUUCUUUUAACAAGGAAGAGUGGAAAUACCUGGUCGUCGGUCUCGUCUUUUCGUGUCUUGCAGGCGGUGGUCAGCCCACUCAGGCCUUCUUGUACGCCAAGGCCAUUAGCUCUCUAUCCUUGCCCCCGUCCCAGUGGGGCAAGCUCCGUUCCGAUGCCAACUUCUGGUCUCUGAUGUUCUUGGUCGUUGGUAUCGUUCAGUUCAUCACUUUUUCGAUCAACGGUAUUGCCUUUGCCUAUUGCUCUGAGCGUCUCAUCCACAAGGCUCGUAGCAAAGCCUUCCGUUCCAUGCUGCGUCAGGACAUCAACUUCUUCGACCGCGAAGAGAACAGUACUGGUGCUUUGACUUCAUUCUUGUCAACCGAGACCAAGCAUCUCUCCGGCAUCAGUGGAUCGACUUUGGGCACAAUUCUCAUGACCUCGACAACCUUGCUUGCGGCCAUUGUCAUCUCUCUGUCCUUUGGCUGGAAGCUCGCCCUGGUCUGCAUCAGUGUCAUUCCUAUUCUUCUGGGCUGUGGUUUCUAUCGAUUCUACAUGCUUGCGGCAUUCCAAGCUCGCUCUAAGCGUGCCUACGAAGGCUCUGCCAGCUAUGCUUGCGAGGCUACCUCUGCCAUCCGUACCGUUGCAUCGCUCACCCGUGAGGUCGAUGUUUGGGAGGUUUAUCACGAACAGCUGGAGAACCAGGCCCGUGUGAGCCUCAAGUCUGUCAUCCGGUCCUCUGUCCUGUACGCUGCAUCCCAAGCACUGGUCUUCUUCUGUGUUGCGCUUGGUUUCUGGUACGGCGGUACGCUGUUGGGCAAGGGUGAAUAUGACACUUUCCGAUUCUUUGUCUGCUUCAGUGAGAUUCUCUUCGGAGCUCAAUCGGCGGGCACUGUGUUCUCGUUCUCGCCUGACAUGGGAAAGGCUAAAAACGCCGCUUCCGAGUUCCGUAAGCUGUUUGAUCGCCGUCCCACCAUCGACACCUGGUCUGAGGAGGGUGCCACGGUCGAUCAUGUCGAAGGAAACAUUGAGUUCCGUGACGUGCACUUCCGCUACCCCACCCGUCCCGAGCAGCCUGUCCUCCGUGGCUUGAAUCUGAGUGUCAAGCCCGGUCAGUACAUUGCACUGGUCGGUCCCAGUGGUUGCGGAAAGAGUACCACGAUUGCCUUGCUGGAGCGGUUUUACGAUGCUCUCUCCGGUGGUGUCUUUGUCGACGGCCAUAACAUUGCAGACCUCAAUGUCAACUCGUAUCGCAGCCACCUCGCCCUUGUCAGUCAAGAACCUACUCUCUACCAAGGCACUAUUAAGGACAACAUUCUGCUCGGUAUCGCCGAGGACAAUGUUCCUGAGGAACACCUCGUGAAGGCCUGCAAGGAAGCCAAUAUUUAUGACUUCAUUAUGUCUCUCCCCGAAGGGUUCAACACCAUUGUUGGUUCCAAGGGUGGUAUGUUGUCCGGCGGUCAGAAGCAGCGUGUUGCCAUUGCCCGCGCCCUGCUUCGUAACCCAAAGAUUCUCCUGCUCGACGAGGCUACCUCUGCUCUGGACUCUGAGUCCGAAAAGGUCGUGCAGGCAGCGCUCGACGCUGCUGCCAAGGGUCGCACAACGAUCGCAGUUGCUCAUCGUCUGAGCACCAUCCAAAAGGCGGACAUCAUCUAUGUCUUCGACCAGGGCAAGAUUGUGGAGAGCGGUACACACACUGAGCUGCUGCGAAACAAGGGCCGCUACUACGAGUUGGUCAACUUGCAGAGUCUGGGCAAGACUCACUAG